AUGCGCCGUGUCGUCCCUAAGGAGCAAUGUCUCAAUGCUCCUGUCGUCUCAAUGCGCCGUGUCGUCUCUAAGGAGCAAUGUCUCAAUGCUCCUGUCAUCUCAAUGCGCCGUGUCGUCUCUAAGGAGCAAUGUCUCAAUGCUCCUGUCGUCUCAAUGCACCGUGUCGUCUCUAAGGAGCAAUGUCUCAAUGCUCCUGUCGUCUCAAUGCGCCGUGUCGUCUCUAAGGAGCAAUGUCUCAAUGCUCCUGUCGUCUCAAUGCACCGUGUCGUCUCUAAGGAGCAAUGUCUCAAUGCUCUUGUCGUCUCAAUGCACCGUGUCGUCUCUAAGGAGCAAUGUCUCAAUGCUCCUGUCGUCUCAAUGCGCCGUGUCGUCCGUAAGGAGCAAUGUCUCAAUGCUCCUGUCAUCUCAAUGCGCCGUGUCGUCCCUAAGGAGCAAUGUCUCAAUGAGAAAGGCGGGGAAGAAUCGAGGAAUUCCAGGCGUUGUCCUGAAUGA